UCCCUCCUCAGCCCCACCUUGCAGAAACACAGCUCGGCCCUCCUCAGCCCCAGAGCUCAGCAUGCGUCCCCCAGGCUUCAGGAACUUCUUGCUGCUGGCGUCCUCCCUUCUCUUCGCUGGGUUGUCAGCUGUGCCUCAAAGCUUCUCGCCAUCUCUGAGAAGCUGGACUGGUGCGGCCUGCAGGCUGUCACGGGCAGAGUCAGAGCGCCGCUGCCGGGCACCCGGGCAGCCCCCAGGGAGCGCCCUGUGUCACGGCCGGGGCCGGUGUGACUGCGGAGUCUGCAUCUGCCACGUGACCGAGCCAGGCAUGUACUUCGGGCCCCUCUGUGAGUGCCACGAGUGGGUGUGUGAGACCUAUGAUGGGAAGACCUGUGCAGGCCAUGGUAAAUGUGACUGUGGCAGGUGCAAAUGUGAUGAAGGAUGGUCUGGGGAAGCUUGCCAGUACCCAAACAAAUGUGACCUGACCAAGAAACGAAGUAACCAAAUGUGUAAGAACUCUCAAGAUAUCAUCUGCUCUAAUGCAGGCACAUGUCACUGUGGCAGGUGUAAGUGUGAUAACUCAGAUGGACAUGGACUUGUUUAUGGUAAAUUUUGUGAGUGUGACGACAGAGAAUGCAUAGAUGAUGAAACGGAAGAAAUAUGUGGAGGCCAUGGAAAGUGUUACUGUGGAAACUGUUACUGUGAGGCUGGUUGGCAUGGAGAUAAAUGCGAAUUCCAGUGUGACAUCACCCCCUGGGAGAGCAAGCGAAGAUGCACUUCUCCAGAUGGCAGAAUCUGCAGUAACCGAGGGAUUUGUGUGUGUGGUGAAUGUUCUUGCCAUGAUGUUGACCCCACCGGGGACUGGGGAGAUAUUCAUGGAGACACCUGUGAGUGUGAUGAAAGGGACUGUAGAGCAGUUUAUGACAGAUAUUCUGACGACUUCUGUUCUGGCCAUGGGCAGUGUAAUUGUGGAAGAUGUGACUGCAAAGUAGGGUGGUAUGGGAAAAAGUGUGAACACCCACGUUCCUGCCCACUGUCAGCUGAGGAGAGCAUCAAGAAGUGCCAAGGAAGCUCGACUCUGCCUUGCUCUGGAAGGGGUAAGUGCGAAUGUGGCAGAUGCACGUGCUACCCUCCCGGAGAUCGCAGGGUGUACGGCAAGACGUGCGAGUGUGACGAUCGCCGCUGUGAAGGCCUGGAUGGCGUGGUCUGUGGAGGUCGUGGAAGAUGUUCCUGUGGUCACUGCGUUUGCGAGAAAGGAUGGUUUGGGACCCUCUGCCAGCAUCCGCAGAAGUGCAACAUAACGGAAGAACAAAGCAAGAGUUUGUGUGAGUCAGCAGAUGGGAUAUUGUGCUCAGGAAAGGGUGCUUGUCACUGUGGGAAGUGCAUUUGUUCCACCCAGGAAUGGUAUGUUUCCGGGGAAUUCUGCGACUGCGAUGACAGGGACUGUGACAAGUAUGAUGGCCUCCUUUGUACAGGGAACGGAAUAUGUAGCUGUGGAAAUUGUGAAUGCUGGGAUGGAUGGAAUGGAAAUGCUUGUGAAAUCUGGCUUGGCACAGACUAUCCUUAACAGUCACGUGGGAGAGGACUGGAUUCUUCAUUUCCUUAGACCAUUAGAACAUAUAAAUGCAAAGGAAGCCAUGUAUAAUCACCACUAGGACAAGUCAAACAGACUAUUGUAUGUUUUUCUAUUUCUGAAUGGCUCAAAGAAAUCUGGGUACCCAUUAGAAAUAAUCUGAGCAAAUUCCAACGCAACUAACACUAGAGAGAAUUUUCCCCCCAUAAUUGCAUCAGUGGUUCUCAACGCAGGCAAGUUUGCCCCAGAGGAGACAUUUGGGGAUGUUUGCAGAUA